GCACCGGUUCUACGGAGCUGUUAUGAUUGAGCACCGGAAGUAUGCAGGGUGACAUUUACACAGAAAACUAAGGCGUGUAUGAGAGUCCUCAGUGAAGGCUUGUCAUCCUUCUGUAGGUUUAAUUUUAUAUGUAUAAGUGUGUAGUUUAGAGAGCGCAAUGGCCGCGUGGAGCUGCCGGUUUCUUUUUCUUCUGCGGGGUACUCGUGUCAUCCCUCCUCGUGCAACAGCAGAACGUCCUGCCCUGCUGGUUGGUUGUAUCAGGACAGCGAAAACCACAACAUGGUUUGAGGAAAACCUAACAGAGGACAACCAGGAGUACAUGAGGAAGAGCAUGGCAGAGGAAUACAGACGGCAAACGGCUGAAAAGCUCAACCCACUCAAAGACGAGCCGUGGCCUCGACAUGAGUGGACAGAAGGGAGCCGAAGAGUCGGGUUAGUUGCUGUGAAGUUGGGGAUGGUGCCUGUCUGGACGAAAACAGGCGAAAGACAUGUAGUCACCAUGUUACAGGUGCAGGAUUGUCACAUAAUAAAGUGCCUGUCCAAAGAAGAAUACGAUGGACACUCUGCUGCUCUCAUUGUAGGAGGAAAAAAUGUGUCCCCAUUCCACAGGUCUGAAAAACAAAUGGAGGUAUUCAGGAACGCAGGAGUGCCUCCAAAGCAGAAAGUCACUGCCUUUAAAGUCUCCGACAGUGCCAUCAUCAAGCCAGGCACUCCUCUGUAUGCAGCACAUUUCCGUCCUGGCCAGUAUGUGGACGUCACGGGCAAAUCAAUCGGUAAGGGUUUUCAAGGUGUAAUGAAGAGAUGGGGAUUUAAAGGUCAACCAGCCACCCACGGCCAAACCAAAACUCAUCGCAGACCGGGAGCUUCUGGACCAGGAGGGGAUCCAGCUAAAGUUUUCAAAGGGAAGAAGAUGCCCGGCCAAAUGGGCAACAGCUACAUCACUGCUUAUGGACUGAAGAUAUGGAGGGUCAAUACCAAGUACAAUGUGCUGUACGUUAACGGCUCUGUCCCCGGGCACAAGAACUGCUUACUGAAGGUAAGAGACACUGUGCUACCGAGCAGAAGGUCCACCCUGCUCAACCCUCCUUUUCCGACCUACUUCACAGAAGAGGACGGUGACCUGGACGAAGACCUGUACGACGAAGACUUGUUCGUUCACACAGAGCCAUCGUUAACACUGACCUGACCUCUCAAACACACGACUGUUUCACACAAACCUGCUAACUGUACCUUGAUCCUGUAAUAAAAGAGUAUUUCCUUGUA